CCAUGUUCUAAUCUUUCAGUAACUAAUCUAACAAUAACAGACAGUAAGCAUGGUAAAACUAAGCACAGUGAGCGUGCAUUUGCUCCAAAAUCAAAACAACUUGGCAUGACACGGAAGCAACUCGUUACGUCAGGUUGCGCACAUUUGCAUCGGGUGCACGCAGGGUGGAAGCAGAGCAUCUUUGGUGGACUGGGCGCUUCAGUAGUCUUCCCACAACCCUGAGUAGUCGACUACGCUAUUUUCUAACAUCACUGCUUUCAUAAUAUACGCUAUACACUGAAAAAAUUGUCUCUAAAUUGAACGGACAAAUUGUCACAUGUCCCAAAGUAGCUCUCAACUUGACACGCUCUAUUUUACGGGAUAGCUGUUGAUAUGAACUGUUUUGCAUUCUCGAGACAAUCAGCUAGUGUUUCUUCGGCUAGUGCUCCGUUACCCAUCUCGCUGUCACUGACAUCAUCCCGUGCAAUGACGACAUGAUAUGCCUGCGUAACUUUUUAUCCACUGGAAAUUAAAUUUCAUUUUCCCCCCAACUAUGGAUAGCGAACGUAGCAAUUGCAGGCCUCAAGUUGGAGACAAAAGCCAGCUAACACAGCUAGCGAGCUGUUGUGGCUACUAAGCUUGCUACAAGCUGUCCUGCCUGGUGCGUUUGAGGAGCCGCACUGAAAACGUCGAGGUGCCUGUGCCAUGGAUCAGAAGACAGACCAAAUCACAGCAGCUUGCAGCCGGGCGUUGUUUCACAAGCAGGACCUAACGGUGACUGAUCAAAACUCACCACUUCAGCAACCCAGCUCAGAUUUAAUGUCUUCACAAUCCAAAUGGAUGACCAGCAGCUCUGGAGACACAGACCCAGUCAUAUCUGAAGAUGGACUCAGCAAUGGCACAUGUGAAGCUGAGACUAUAGUAACAUUACAGUGUCCUGGUGAUGGUGGAGAUGUCAGAACUGGCCGCGACCACCUUGCUCUUAGCAAUGAUGACAUGUCUGAGUUUUCUAACAGCGACCUAUCACUGCCUGAAGUCUGCAUUUCCACCAACAGCAAUAGCUUUGAAGAUGAUAUGAAUUAUGAGGUCCAGCAAGCUUAUAGGAUAUUUACUUGCUUUCUCUUGGACAAGCACAAAGGAAUCACCAGCCCAUUCCUCCAUCCCAUUGGACACCAUGAUGUCCAGCAUGGUCUAGGAGGGGUCCAAGGCCGAGUUCAGUCACAGCUCAGGCAAUCAAUGUGCUUGCAGAGAAUAGAGGAGAAGUUUAUUAACAAGGAAUAUGAGACCAUAACGGAGUUUGUUGCAGACUUCAGGCUGAUGUUGGAGAACUGUUAUCGCUACCAUGGAGUGGACCACUGGAUCUCCAAACAGGCUCAAAAGCUGGAAAUUAUGCUGGAACAGAAGCUCACACUGCUGUCCAGGACACUGCGAGAGAAGACAGCCCUGGCAAUGACUUCUAAAGGACGUUUUGGUGCAGAGGAGGACAGAGGCUCAGGAGGUACCUCUACAAGGAGAAGACUGGCACCUCGUAGUCUUGCUACCAUUACUGUUGGUGGGCAUGAGUCUAUCAUGGUACAGGCCCUACGGCUGGAAGAGCAACAGAGGGCCAAAGAGGAGAAGAGACAACGCGAGCUUGAGAAGAAAGAAGCAGAGGAAAUGUCAGCUAAGGAGGUUGAAGAGUGGGAGCAGAACUUGUUGUCACAGGCUUCCCCCCAGACAGUGGUCACCCUUUGGGAACUUCCUGCUAUUGGACACUUUCUCUGCCUGGCUCAGACUGCUCUCAACCUCCCUGAGAUAGUAUUUUUCGAGCUGGAGCGCUGUUUGCUGAUGCCCCGAUGCAGCCUGCUCCUCUCCAAAAUCAUGUCUUCCCUACUGUCCCCUGCUCAGCGGAGGGCCACUCUGCACCGCCGGCCUGCACUGCCUUACCGCCGCUGGGAGUCAGAGCUGAGGCAGCGUGUUGCGGGCUGGUAUCGAGCUGUUGGUACCGCCCAUGAUCAGCCACAUCGAGCUGAACAGCUAGGACUUUGCCAUCAAUUUUUCAGCAUCCUAGGGGAGGUGAAUCCUUUGGAGGAUAAACCCUUUCAUUUGUUGCACUUUUAUCAGCGGGUUUGGCUUCUCAAGGGGCUGUGUGACCAUGUCUAUGAGACACAAAAGGAUGUACAAGAUGCUGUGCUGGCCCAACCCAUCCAUGAAUGUAGGGAGUCUAUUUUGGGCUAUGACAGCAAAGAGAAUGCUUACAUUCAUUUCCCACAUUUCUGUGGUGCAGACCUGAGGAUCUAUUGCCAGAGCCCCAGCACACCCCCAGCCUUUCCUUUUCCCUCUCUACUUGUAAAAAGAGUUGAAACUGAGCAAGGGUCAGAGGGUGAGGAGUCAGAUGGAAUAAAGAAAGGGGUGGAUAAAAAUGAUAGCACAUGUGAUGGAACCCCCAUAGACAGAAGCGAAUCAGGAGAUUUUGGCAAAAGGACAAUAAAUACACUUGGGAUUUUCAAAGAGGAGAACGAGAAUGAUGAAGAUAAAAAAAGGUUUAAUUCAUGGUCACUGAUUAAAGACGAGAUGUCUGACUCACGAUCCUCUGAUGGAGACUCAAAUGAAGACUCUAAAUUAGACAUCAAAAUACGUACUAACUCUUUAUCCAUCACUCACAGAAGUCCUAUUAGAGGGAGUGAUGUGAAGGUUUAUUUGAAGGAGGAAAUUGUAGAGCAACAAUCCAAGCAGGAGCAGGCCUUCUCAUUGGGUUCAGAACGUACCAUUAAAGCAGAAACACAAGAUCCCUGUCUGAGUGUAGGAGAGCACAGCUAUACUGGCAGAUCGCCUGCUCGUUCAGUGACUCUCGGCUCCCAAACUAAACCCCUGGGACUCAAAAUGGAGGAGAAAAGUCCGAGACAAGGACACCAAACGUCUCCUUGUUUGGAAUGUGGUAAAGGCAAAAUUAGUCAUGCUAAAGCUGCAGAGCACGUCUGCUGCUGUGCUACAUCUGGACUACCAACACAGGUAUCUUCUGAGAGCACUCACAACUCAAGCGAAGAGAAGGUGAAUGAAAAAAUGUGGACUAAGAAAAAGAAGCGGAAGAAAAGGCAAACUAGGGACCAGCUGCUGAGGGUGAAAAGAGAACGCAAGCACCUCCAGUAUGUGGACAGGAUGAGACUGUUCCAAGCUGAAGCUGCCAAGUCUGCAGCCUGUAAAGUUGUUACAACAAUCAAGAGGAAGGACAAGAAGAAAAAACACAAAACAGGAAAAAAACUAGAAUCUUUGAGGAAAAUUAAAGAUGAAGACGAAUCACCAUCUGAGCCUUCAUUUAAGUUGGUUUGCACCAAUCUUGACGAUCUACGAGAGCUGAUCAGUAAGACAGAAGACGAGCUUGAUGACCUGGAAAGCACAAAGAAGAGACUGGGUCGGUGGUACUACAAGCGAGAAGCAGUGAAAGAUCUCCAUAGCACUCUGAUCAGACUUCUAAAUGAGCUUUCACCUUGGGAACCCAAACUUGUUAAGGCCCACCAAAGGAACAGGCUUCGCUUGAAGAAAGAAUUUGAUGAUUUCAAGAAGCACCCAGAAUACAAUAACUUCCAGCGUGAGGAGUGUGUUUCAUCAUCAUCAGAUGACCCUUAUGACGAUGAAGAGAGGGAUUUUGAGAAGGAUCAUUGUGACGCAUCAGAAGAGGACGACUUGGAACACAUUGUUCCCAGAGGCCUUUGGAGUGGAGCCAGCAACAGGGAGUUUGGUGCAGAGUCUGCUGCAGAAAAAACUGUUACCAGCAUACCUCCAAAUCACCCAAAAAACCACCUGACCAGCUCCGAGAAAGGCAUCAGCCUGCUGCCAGGAGUUCAGGGUGUCAGCGCUAAUAUUACUUCUGCCGACUUGAGGGGCGAGUUAAGAUCUGAACCAAUCCCGGUGAAUCAGCCUAGGGAUUUGGCAUGGGCAGCAAGGAUGUCAGCUCAUACUUCAAUGUCACCAUCUCCAACCCUGCCCCCAACCAGUGGACUUCCCAAAGGCUACACGCCCAUCCCCACCCUUCUGGCCAAGAGUGUGGGCAACAAAGUGACCUUGAUGAAAAGACCCACUGAUUUCCCAAGUGAGUCCAGUGGAGAUGGACAGACCAAAGGGUCGUUGGUUUCCCGACCUACCUCUGCAUUAUACAACUCAAAAAUUUCAAAAGCACAAAGUUCCAGUUCCCAACAGAAUUUGCAACAAAUGGUGACACAGCGACCACAGCAGAUGCAGGUGAUUGUGCAGAAAGGAUCUGCAAAAGCAGCUCCUCCUCAAUCACCACAGGCCACACCAACCCAAACCGAGCCAAAAAACCCUGUCCUAGUGGCAUGUAAGGUGCCUGAGGGACUGGGUCACCUAGUAAGGAAAGACAACAGCAGCCCACUCAAGAUGUCUGUUCAUUCUGUUGUGGACCAGAACACUGCGGAGAAAGUUAUGCCGCCAGUGGUAAUACUACCCUCUAACCUUCUCAUUCAAAGCACCGAAGCAAAGGUGUCCUUGUCAAAUCAACAGUCGAAGGGCAUUCAGGUUGCAGUUUCUAAGGUGGCCAGCCCCGUUUGUUUAUCAACCAAUGUGCCUGGGUUCAGCAUUCCUGAGAAUAAAAUUCCUGUUCAGCAAGUGGCUCCACUAAAAGAUGCCAGGGCAGGGAGAACUCUUCCUCUCGCUGUUUCCCCUCAUCUGCAACAAGAAAAAGAAAAAACAGCAAGAUUUAAGGGGACACAAGAUGGCAGUCUUCAAGUCAGCACACCACAAGGUGGCAUGACAUCGCCUUCAUCCAUCACAUAUCUUUCCAGUGUAGUUUCUACUGGGACUGUUAAAUCUCCAGACUCUAAACAAGAGCUUAAGACUGUGUGUAUACGUGACUCACAAUCCAUCCUAGUAACAACUAGAGGAGGCAACACAGGCAUUGUCAAAGUCCAGACAUCCUCAGACCAGAAUACAUUUGGAACUUUUUCCACAAGUCCUGUCAUUACAAUUUCGCCUCAGUUUAAAGCCUUUCUCGUAUCCAAGACGUCAACGACUCUCUCUGCUUCUGCCCCCUCUCAGACCUCUCAGACUUCUUCUACAGUCCCAGCAGUAACAAGUAUGUCUGUGGCUCAACCCCAGAAGCAGUGUGCUUGGGUAUCAAAGGCUCCUUCCACAGUCACAUAUAGUAUUCCUGCAACAGGCCCAGGAAGCCAGACUGCAGGCAGCACUGUUUCUUUAAGUCAGAGCUCCAGUAUCUCAGCUGGUUCUACAGCUGAAACAAAGAUUUCCCAGAUGGUGCAGAAAGCUGCAGCUGGUUCCAAUUUUCCUUUAAGAUUGAAUAAUAAUGUUGGUGUCCAAUCUGUAAGUGGCUCUGGUGUUUCCCAAGUUUUCACACAAGAGUUAAUCAGCAAGACUGGAGUGAAACGAGCAAGUGCAGAUGAAGAAUCCCAAGUUACCAAAUAUAUCCUGGUUACUCCAUCUUCAUCCUCAACAUCAAGCAUAACCACAUUAAAAGGCACAUCUUCCGCCACAAAAGUAGUUCCCAGUUCAAGAAUUAUGUUCAUCAGCCAGCCUACAGCGACUUCAUCUACCAGCUUCAUGGGAAGCGUUCCGAAGCAGGUGAUGGCCACUGGGAAUAGUGGACAGGCACUGACCACUUCACUAUCAAGUCAGUCUCUGAGAAUGGGAUUAAGUCCAGUCCAGCCUGUUGCUAGUGUCAGCUCAGAGGCAUUGCCGAAGGCUAAAACCAGUACUCUGCCCUCAGGAGCGUGCUGUCCAACUGCUGCAGCCACCACGGGAAUUGUCCCAGUUUCAAGUCUAAUGACUGUCACAAGUUCUCCCCAGUUUGGAACUCAAAGUUCUCUAACCACUCACUCUCCAUUCAUGGGUAUCCCUUCCAUCUCGGUAACCUCCCAAACAAGCUGCAUUACAUCCUCAUCUACUCCUCCCACCAUGUUUGCAGGAAACAUCAACAGGAAGGACCUUGGUACACUUGCAACUACACUGUCCAACAUCUCUCCUGCUCAGGUGACCACAGCCCUAAGGAGUAGCCAAGCCCAAACCCCCACACCUUGUCUUGACAGCAAGCCCUCAUAUCUCAAAAGUGGCAUUAGGGAGGAGAGGGACUCUCUUUUAUCAUCCUAUCAACUUGCUUGUAACAAAACCCAAAUCCCCUUCUCUUCUCCAACCACUUCCACUACUGACACAGUUCAACAGAGAAUAGUUAUCAACACUUCUACACCUCUCACUGCUGGUACACAGAUUCUCCUUAACAAUGCACGCUUUGUAGUCCCGCCCCAAGGUCUGGGUCCAGGCAGCCAUGUCCUUAUAAUCUCUAGCCCUGCACCACAAGUGCCUUCUGCCAGUCCUACCAGUACUGGAGCAUCAGUACCUUUAAACCAGGCCAAUGUAACCCCUUGGGCAACAGUUUUACCCCAGUCUUCUGCCAGACUCCCUGGUGUGUCAGCUGUAAGUUCUCCUUUUGUUGCGUGUACCCCAGCCAUUGAGCCACCUUUGCUGGCAACAACUCCCCAUGUUACCCCAUUCAGGCUCACAGGUACACCUAGCCUGGGCUCAGCAGCAAUACCCAGUAAAACAAAUGUGGUGUCAGCUCUGCCUAGGUUGCCACCUGCUCAUGCAGGUAACUUUGCAUUACCCACUGUAACUACUUCCACUAUGGGCUCUUCGCCGCCGAGGUUAGGCAGUGUACCAGCCCUGGUUUCCCCAGUAAUAACUGGAGCCCCUAUUGUCAGUUCAUCACAGUCUACAAUCAGGUUAGCUGCUUGUACAGCCACACAAACUGAAUGUUCAUCCACCAAAUCACCUGCAGUUGCAGCCUCCUUGUCAAAAUUGUUUCAGUCUAUAUCAUCAUUGCCUAUAAUGCCCAGCACACCAGCCCUGCGUAGCCCUCUCAUAGCAGUUCCUGCAUCUCUUUCCUCCGCUGCAGCUUCUGUAGUGUCAGACACACCAGCUUUCCACUGUUCUCUUCCUGCCCAGCAGGUGGUUGCAGUGACAACUCUUGCUUCCAGUAUACAGCCCCAGCAGGCAAUAGUUAGAGUUGCAGCACCCUCCAGUGUUCAUCCAAAGGGGUUAGUGCACACAGGACCAGGAAAUGUGUCGAACAAAAAACAGGUGCCAGUCGUGCAGCCAGUGCUUGCUGGUACACGAACACAAGUACUGCCAACAGUAGCUGUUCCACCAAUUGUUAGUGUAUUGUCAAGGACGCAAACACUGCCCAUUGCUACUGUUCCACCAACUGGAAGCACCAUCAGCACCUUUGAAACGCCACCUGUGACAUCUGCUUCUCCAUCGAGCAACCCUGUAAUAACCUCUCCAGCUCAGCCAAUCACAUCACUGAUGUCAAAAAAAAACAUCCACCCACCUGUCAUACUGACCAAUCAAGCACUUGGAAAACACUUGGCGCAAACCUCUGCCUUGGGUAUGCAUACCAAUGUGACAUCCAAGCUGCUCAUUAGCCCUGAUGGGGCUAUUUUGAACACUGUUCAAUGUCAGGUCAAUCCAGCAGAGCUGAAUGCUGGCCCCAAACCUCUGGAUGUGCUGGCAAUUUCCUCCAGUAACUCCACUGGACCACUAGUAAUGCAUGAUUCCACUUUACAGCCUCCGCAAGCAAACACAAAGUGAACCAGCUGAACAAUACUAAGCCACCAAUAUGAGGGCCCACACCAUUUUUAUUUUCCAGCUGCUUAGUUUUGGCAAGACUUGAUGUUGCCUCUGAACACAGCUGCUUCUAAGCAGCAGGUUUAUCCUCUGGUUAUAUAAUAUUUUACAUAAACUUGAUUCAUCAGACAUAGUGGAACUGUAUACCGUUAUGGGUUUCACAAGUGGAAACUACUGAGAUUUUCCUCAUAUGAAUGUUUUAGACUUGGAGAAUUUUACUCAAUGGCCAGUGAUUACAUCUACCCUCCCACUUGACUGAUUAAAUGGGAGGCCAGGUGAAACAAAUGUCACAUCAAGCUUAGGCAGUUAAACUUUUCAAUGUUGUUAGACACUGCUUUGAGAUGUAGUAUUUGGUUUACUGUUCAUCUUUACAAGUAGCUCUGUUUAUCCUUCAUCUUGAAAAAGACAACUGUGCUUUCAUUCUGUAAUGUUCUUUUUUUUCAAGUAGUAAUUUUGAAAACUACAUUUUUAUUUAGAAAUAUAAACUAAUAGAUGGAUUUUUUUACUAUAUGUUUGAGUCAAUAUAAAUGUUUUGGAAUCACAAUUAUUUAUUUUUACCAUAUAGAUUUUGAAAAAAUAUUUAAUAGGUACAUUUUCAUUGAACAACUGUGGACGUUUCUGCAUGGAAAUAAACAAUGCGACUGUCCCAAA